CAUCUCAGUUCUGCGCUACGAAAAAAAGGUUACGUUUUCCAGCACUGUCGUCCUGCAGUUGGACGUUUUCCGUAAAAUAAACAAAUAAUAACAAAUAUACCCACAGAACAAUGAACAAAUUGAAGUCCAGCCAACACCGCGACAAGGUGAAGAAAUUCAUAUCGUUGACACAAACAGGCGAACAGACAGCAAUUUUCUGCCUGCAACAAAACGAUUGGAAGAUGGAUCUAGCCAGUGACAACUACUUCCAGAAUCCAGACUACUAUUAUCGCGAGCUGGAUCGUAAGCGAAUCGAGCAGCUCUUCGGACGUUAUCGUGAUCCCAGCGAUCCUCUUAAGAUCAACUCACAAGGCGUGAUCCGCUUCCUAGACGACCUGGAGCUGAAACCCGACUCCCAACUAGUGCUCAUCAUUGCGUGGAAGUUCCACGCCGAGGUGCAAUGCGAGUUCUCGCGCGACGAGUUUAUAAACGGAAUGUGCGACCUGGGCAUCGACAGCAUCGAUAAACUCAAGGCCAAGCUGCCGAUCCUUGAACAGGAAUUGAACGAUGCCGGCAAGUUUAAGGACUUCUAUCACUUCACUUUCAACUAUGCUAAGGAUCCAGGCCAGAAGGGGAUCGAUCUGGAUAUGGCCAUUGCAUACUGGUGCAUUGUACUGAGCGGGCGCUUCAAGUUUCUGGACAUCUGGUGCCAGUUUCUCGAGGAGAAGCACAAACGGGCCAUUUCGAGGGACACCUGGAAUCUACUGCUCGACUUUGCUACCAACAUCGACGACCGGAUGAGCAACUACGACUCUGAAGGCGCCUGGCCGGUGCUAAUCGAUGACUUUGUCGAGUGGUGCCAAGAGAACAACCAUCUUAAGGACGACUCCUCCCAGGGAUUCCAGCAGCAGUCCAGCUCCAGCACCCAAAACCAGAAGAUAUCUAGCGCCUACCAGACCUCGCACAGUACAAACAUGAACUAUGGCUAACGAAUUGUUAUUUGUGUUGUAUUCUCAUUAAUGAUAGAUUUGCUUUUAUUCUGAUUAUUCUAAAUAACGGAGAAACUAAGCAACGCCGGUAAAUUUACAAUUUCUCUAUAAAAGCGUAAUAAAUAAAUUUAGUAAAUGUAAA